AUGCGAUUGGAAAAUUUUCAUGCUGGUCUACUCAUCCUAUUUUAUCUAGGAAUAAGUAAUGCAGUUGAAACAAUGGUUAAUUGUACGCUGAAAAAUGGUACAAAUGCAUGUUAUACAUGUAUGGGUAGAGAUAUGGAAAAUUGUGAAACAGGCACCGUAUGUUGCAGUGGUUCUUGCUUUAAGCUUAUCGAUAAAAAGCAUAAUCUAAUAAUGAAAGGUUGCACAAAUGAAGAUCAAGAAGAUGGUAGCAUGAAAAGACGAACACUUGAUAUACGGUUAUAUUGGGUACGCAAUGAAAAAGUUUUAGGUGAAACAUAUUAUUGUAAAGGAAGUGAUUAUUGCAAUGCAGGUUCAACACAAUUCAUUCCAUCUUUAUUUUAUUAUGCUUUUCUCAGUCUAUCCUCCAUUUUCUCAAUUAUAUUACUACAAUCGCCGAUGAAGGUUGGAAACAUCAGAUGA